GCGGCCGGCCCGUGAGCUGCUGCUGUUGCUGUUGGUGCGGUGGCGGUGGCAGUGGCGGUGGCUGCGGCUGCUCCAAAGGCAGCUGGUGUGGAAUUCUAGAAAGAGGUUGAGGUGCGUCCCCGCCGAUCGUCCCCCAACCUGCGUUGCUCAGCUGUGCCGGCCCCUGAGGCCCUCCUGACGUCUCGGCAGGUCGGUGUCCUGCUUCCGAGAAGAUGCGGCUGUUCCAGUGGCUGCUAAAACAGCCAGUGCCCAAGCAGAUAGAGCGCUACUCACGCUUUUCACCAUCACCACUCUCCAUCAAACAGUUCUUGGACUUUGGGAGAGAUAAUGCAUGUGAGAAAACAUCAUAUAUGUUUCUACGAAAGGAGCUUCCUGUGCGACUGGCCAAUACAAUGAGAGAAGUUAAUCUUUUACCUGAUAACUUACUGAACCGCCCUUCCGUGAGAUUGGUUCAGAGUUGGUAUAUGCAGAGUUUCCUUGAACUUCUAGAAUAUGAAAACAAGAGCCCCGAGGACCCACAGGUCUUGGAUAACUUUCUACAAGUUUUGAUCAAUGUGAGAAACAGACAUAACGAUGUGGUUCCUACAAUGGCACAAGGAGUGAUCGAAUACAAGGAGAAGUUUGGGUUUGAUCCCUUCAUUAGCAGUAACAUCCAGUAUUUUCUGGAUCGAUUUUACACCAACCGCAUAUCUUUCCGCAUGCUUAUUAACCAGCACACUCUUCUCUUUGGCGGUGACACAAACCCAGCUCACCCUAAACACAUUGGAAGUAUCGAUCCCACAUGUAAUGUGGCUGAUGUAGUGAAAGAUGCAUAUGAAACUGCCAAGAUGCUAUGUGAGCAGUAUUACAUGGUGGCUCCAGAGCUAGAAGUUGAAGAAUUCAAUGCCAAAGCACCAGACAAACCUAUUCAAGUAGUUUAUGUGCCCUCCCAUCUGUUUCACAUGCUAUUUGAGUUGUUCAAGAACUCAAUGAGGGCAACAGUCGAAUUAUAUGAAGACCGAAAAGAGGGUUACCCAGCUGUGAAAACUCUUGUUACUUUGGGUAAAGAAGACUUGUCUAUCAAGAUAAGUGAUCAAGGUGGUGGAGUUCCACUUCGAAAAAUAGAUCGCCUGUUUAAUUACAUGUACUCCACUGCUCCUCGACCUAGUCUGGAGCCUUCAAGAGCGGCUCCCUUGGCUGGCUUCGGUUAUGGUUUGCCAAUUUCUCGUCUGUAUGCUAGAUAUUUUCAGGGAGAUCUAAAGUUAUAUUCCAUGGAAGGAGUGGGUACUGAUGCUGUCAUUUAUCUGAAGGCCCUUUCAAGUGAAUCAUUUGAGAGGCUGCCAGUGUUCAAUAAGUCUGCAUGGCGCCAUUACAAGACCACACCUGAGGCCGAUGACUGGAGCAAUCCCAGCAGUGAACCAAGAGAUGCCUCAAAAUACAAGGCUAAACAGUAAUGGACAAGAUGAAGACUAAUAGAACUUUCUAGAAAACUGAAUGCUUUGAUCCUCUCUGUGAAGAAAGAUUGUCUUCUGCAGCUCAACCAGAGAACUUUCUCCCACCUAUUCUGAGCAUUACACUAUAGUUAUUCCCAAUGUUUGAAUGUGUGUUUUCUUCAUACCUUUCUGUGGAGCCCUUCUAUAAUUACUCCAGCCAGAUCUUCCACUAGCAUAAUAACUUGAGUAAUUCUUCAUGGUACUUUGCUAUGGUGUGGCUGGCAUCUGUCAUAAAAGAGCACAGAGCACGAACUAUCCUAGAGCUCUUCAACCCUCAUACACUUUAUUUCAUUAUAAUGGCAUCUAGUGUCUAAAGUCUUCCUAGGAUUCCGAAUUCUUUGCCCAUUCCAGAUAUAACAAAUCCUACUGUUUCUUUUUUAUGAUCAAAUACCAUAUUUAUUCCCAGCUAGGGCCUGGAGAAUCUGGACAUGGAAGACAUCUGCUAAGUGUGUCUUAAUGAUUCAGUCCCAGGGACCUACCUUUCUUGUCUUAUAUGUGUUCCUUCUCUGAUUUAGACUUGUUUUCACCUUCCAUCUGACUGUAUUCUCACUGUGAGGUAUGGCCUCUUGAUGCUAGACCUUAAUCAUGAUGGCAUUUAUUUUAUUUUAAAAUUCAUUUGUAUGCUUCCAUUCUGGUGAUUAAAGCACCCUCAAAAGUUGACUUGAAAAUUUUCACUUAAGCAAUUUAGUUUCAAAGAUGUUAAGUGAAAAGCUGUCUUCUAGGCAGUAUCAGGCUUGUAGAGAAUGGACUGAAGCUUUUAUACUUUCAUAAAAAUCUCAUCAGUGUAAUACUGCAUCAUUGUCCUAUUAUAUUUUUUUUAGACUUCUAUGGAAAGUUCCUGUGUGAUGCACUUUACUAGUACAAAAUAAGACUAUCGGAGAGAAAAUAUUCUUUCUAGU